CAAAAAUAUAUUCUUAUCACACCCUGUGACUCAAUCCUCCUUCCAUUUCUCUCUACCCUUGCUUCCUUCUUCAUCUUCUCUGCCGCAUCUCCUCCUCUUCUCUUCCCCAAGGACAAGUUAGAGAUGACGGACUGCAACAGAGGACAGGACUUUUAUGCUUCACAGGACAUUGAGGAAGCUGUUACAAAGAAAUAUGGAGGACUCGCCCCGAAAAAGAAGCCUUUAAUUUCAAAAGACCACGAACGUGCUUUCUUCGAUUCAGCCGACUGGGCAUUGUAUAAGCAAGGUGCUGCCGUGAAUCAAAGACCAACAGUAGCAAUUGAGACCCUGAGACCAAAAUUACAGAGAACACCACGCCAACGACUACCACCAAGAAGACCCACCUGCACAUCUGGUCAAGAUAGCAUUCUCUGCGAGUAGGUCUUACUGGAUAUAAAGUACAGAUUGCGGCAAUCAGAGGAGCACUUUCUUCUGUGCUGAUGACAUUUGUACACAUGGUGAUACUAUCAUUGGCGGCCCUCGUAUGCUCGUAACUUCAGCUUUUCAAUAAUAAAAAAUGAGAACGACAAACUUGUCCAUACAUGAUUUUUGUCUGUGUGGUGCACAUAUAAUUAACUCACUCUUAGUUUCUUUUUAAUUUUUUAAUUUUUUUUUUUUCAGAA